CACUCUCAGCCUGGAAAGAGAGAUAAGGAAAUCUGGAUUUUCAAAGUCCCCUCGAAGGCUUUGAAGACAUUGAUUAUUAUUCAUAAUGAAAACGAAGAUAAUUAUAUAUAUAUGCAUUUGGGCAACUGCCUGGGCCAUUCCGGUUCCUCAGUUAGUACCAUUGGAAAGAGACAUUGUUGAACAAUCUGUGGAUGUGCCUCUUCUAACACAUCCAGGAACCGCAGCACAGAAUGAGUUACCUAUCAACGACACCACUAUUAACAGCAACGACUCCCCUGAUGGCAGUGAGAUAGGAGAGCAGGUACUUAAGGAGGAUGGUUACAAAAGAGAUGGGAAUGGUUCCCAGUCGACACCUGUUGGAGGGAAGGAUUUUCCUACUCAGCCCAUUUUAGCAAAUGAACAGGGGAACACUGCCGAAGAACACAAGGACAUAGAAACAUACGGUCAUGAUGGGGUACAUGCGAGAGGAGAGAACAGCAUAGCAAAUGGCAUCAGGGGCCAAGUAGGCAUCGCUGAAAAUGCAGAGGAAGCAGAGAGCAGUGUCCACGGACAGGCUGGUCAGGAUACAAAACCCGAGGGUGUUAGUGAUGUGAGCCAGAAUGGAGAUGCUACCCUUGUUCAAGAAAAUGAGCCUCCAGAAGCUGGCAGCAAGAAUAGCACCAACCAUGAGGCUGGGAUACACGGGAGCGGGGUUGCUACACAUGAAACAACGCCUCAGAGAGAAGGGCAGGGGAGUGAGAACCAGGGGGCUGAGGGGACGCCAAGCAUCGGGGAAGAUGCAGGUUUGGAUGAUGCUGAUGGGAGUCCUAGUGGGAAUGGGGUAGAGGAGGAUGAAGACACAGGCUCUGGUGAUGACGAGGGUGCAGAAGCAGGAGAUGGAAGGGAGAGCCAUGAUGGCACUCAGGGUCAGGAGGGUCAGUCUCCUGGGGGAAACACUGACCACAGAGGUCAGAGUUCAGUUAGCACUGAAGAUGAUGACUCUAAAGAACAAGAAGGCUCCCCAAAUGGACUCGAUGGAGACAACAGCAGUGAGGAAAACGGUGUUGAAGAAGGCGACAGUACCCAGGCAACGCAGGACAACCAGAAGCUCAGCCACAAAGACAACCAAGAUGCAGAGGGUGGGAUCAUCAGCCAGGCAGAAGCAUGUCCUUCUGGGAAGAGUCAAGAUCAGGGAAUAGAAACUGAAGGUUCCAACAAAGGCAACAAAAGUAUUAUUACCAAAGAAUCUGGGAAACUCAGUGGAAGUAAAGACAGCGAUGGACACCAAGGAGUGGAGCUGGACAAAAGGAAUAGCCCAAAGCCAGGAGAGUCUGACAAGCCUCAAGGCACUCCUGAGAAAUCAGACGCCCACAGUAACCUGGGACACAGACGGAUAGGUAGCAGCAGCAAUAGUGACGGGCAUGACAGUUACGAUUUCGAUGAUGAGUCCAUGCAAGGAGAUGAUCCCAACAGCAGUGACGAAUCUAACGGAAGUGACGGAAGUGACGCUAACUCUGAAAGUGCCAAGGAGAGUGGCAGCCGCGGAGACACUUCUUACACAUCUGAUGAAUCAAGUGAUGAUGACAAUGACAGUGACUCACAUGCGGGAGAAGAUGAUAGUGAUGACUCAUCUGAUACAGAUGACAGUGACAGUAAUGGUGAUGAUGACAGCGAGAGUGAGGACAAGGACGAAUCUGACAGCAGUGACCAUGACAAUAGCAGUGACAGUGAGAGCAAAUCAGACAGCAGUGACAGUAGUGCCAGCAGUGACAGCAGCAGCAGUAGUGACAGCGGUGACAGCAGCGACAGCAGCAAUAGUAGUGACAGCAGUGACAGUAGUGACAGCAGUGACAGCAGUGAUAGCAGUGAUAGCAGUGACAGCAGUGAUAGCAGCAACAGCAGUGAUAGCAGCGAUAGCAGUGACAGCAGUGACAGCAGUGAUAGCAGCGAUAGCAGUGACAGCAGUGACAGCAGCGACAGCAGUGACAGCAGUGACAGCAGUGAUAGCAGUGACAGCAGUGACAGCAGUGAUAGCAGUGACAGCAGUGACAGCAGUGACAGCAGUGACAGCAGUGACAGUAGUGACAGUAGUGACAGCAGUGACAGCAGCAACAGCAGUGACAGUAGUGAGAGUAGUGACAGCAGUGAUAGCAGUGACAGCAGUGACAGCAGCAACAGCAGUGACAGCAAUGACAGCAGCAGCAGCAGUGACAGCAGUGACAGCAGCGACAGUAGCGACAGCAGCGACAGUAGUGACAGCAGUGACAGCAGUAGUAGCAGUGACAGCAGUGACAGCAGUGACAGUAGUGACAGCAGUGACAGCAGUAGUAGCAGUGACAGCAGUGACAGCAGUGACAGUAGUGACAGCAGUGACAGCAGCAGCAGUGACAGUAGUGACAGCAGUAGUAGCAGUGAUAGCAGUGACAGUAGUGACAGCAGUGACAGCAGUAGUAGCAGUGACAGCAGCAACAGCAGUGACAGCAGUGACAGCAGUGACAGCAGUGACAGCAGCGAUAGCAGUGAUAGCAGUGACAGCAGUGACAGCAGUGACAGCAGUGACAGCAGUGACAGCAGUGACAGCAGUGAUAGCAGUGAUAGCAGCGACAGCAGUGACAGCAGUGACAGCAGUGAUAGUGACAGCAGUGACAGCAGUGACAGCAGUGAUAGCAGUGAUAGCAGUGACAGUAGUGACAGCAGCGACAGUGACAGCAGCGACAGUGACAGCAGUGACAGUGACAGCAAGGAUAGCACUUCUGACAGCAGUGAUAGUGACAGCAAAUCCGGUAAUGGCAACAGUGACAGCGACAGUGACAGUGACAGUGACAGUGAAGGCAGUGACAGUAACCACUCAACCAGUGAUGAUUAGAGCAGAGAGAACCCAUGAGAUCCUCUGUGUGACCUCUGGCGAGUGAUGGGAAGGCAGUGAAGGUUCCUAACCCAAUGGCGACAGGAGAGACAUGCAGAUUGUGUGGAACACACAGAGCUCACAGGGAGUGGGAGCCGAGCUCCAGCUCUCUCAGAGAGAAUUUGGGUGCACCACCUUUGGUACAUGUGUGUUAAUAUAUAUUCAUGUUCAGAAAAUAUUUUUUAAAAGGAUAAAUCUAAACAUAAUACUUAAACAGGAACUGAAGAAAUCACUUACUAAGACACAUAGCUUCAAUUUGAAUGGCGGGUGCUUUAAAGAAUAAAGCUAGCAACAUCACAGCCUGCCACAGCCUCCUCCCUCAGUGCUCCCGGCACCAGAGAGCUAGUCUUCAUGUUGUGUAGUGAGUGAUGCUGUUCUGUGACAUUCAACUCAACUACUCUGUCAUUUACUUAUUCCAGGGAAAAUUACAUUUAGGGCAUGAUCAAAACACUGCAGCAACUACUGGCCCUAUCCAAGGUGCUGAGAUAAUCUUUGUGAUGAGAAAAUAGCUAUACAUUAUGAAAAUUCCGAAGAAUGAAUGAGAAAAGAGCCCUGAGGAUGGCUCGGACAGGAUCUGACACAUGCGGUUAAAUUUCUGCAUAGGAUGGAAAUGUACUAAGUCCACAACCCCUGAACUUUGACCAGUGUCUCCCUUCCAGCAGUGGCUCUCAAAUCUUAAAUAAACGAGCAACACGGAUGGAUGAUUUCGGGAGGUGGGAUCAUAUUCUAAGCUUCCAUGUACCACUGUGUUAUUAGUUUUCUUCAAAUCACAGGUCAAACAGUUUAAUCAAGAGUUGUAAGACUGUGUGUGAGAAGAGCGGGACUCAUUUUGGACUCUAGGGCUCCUCUGAAAGCAAGAGAGGUGGUGAGAAUAAACCACAGCAAGACAGGAGGUGUGAACUGGGAAAACCUUAACCCUCAAGACUUAAGGAUAUUUUUGAAGAUUUCUGGUUGUCCUUUGUCAUUUCCCUAUUUCCCCACAUAGGCAGUUGUGCCAGAUUUGGGUUAAAUAGAAACUAUUAACUACGUUAUAUAGUCGACUCUAUUCUCACUUUAGGCUUAUUUUACCCAGAGUUUAAGAAGAGCUUCUUUCCCGGGUGCUCACCUCCUUUUGUGAGAGUUUCUGAGUUAAGGAAUAUUGCUGAGGCUUUCACAGGCUGCUAUCUGUAAACACAUUUGUAACCCCCACGCCGUAAAGCUCCAGGCUUCCAAGCUGUCACAGCUGUGACGUGACUCCAGACCCCUUACCAGAAAGUAACGGUUCAGGCUUUGCUUUCUAUUAGAACACAAACUCUUCUUCGUUUGCUGUAAGUUGUGAAGCAUCUGACUCUAGUAAUCUGCCACACCCACUCAUCAAAGUUGUGAUCACUAAAACCAUGGGUAGAAAACUCAUGUUAAACUGUGUAAGAAAUGUAAAGGAAGAGAUAAUGAACUUCAGUAUUAUAAUAAACAUCUAUUUAUACAAUUGC